AUGCCGACAGAAGUCACUCAACCCCUGCACUUCCGCACACUGCUCUCGGGCCACACCUACGUGAUCGCGGACUUCUACGCAACAUGGUGCCCGCCCUGUAAGCAGAUAGCGCCCAUCUAUGAGCAACUCAGCACGGCGCAUGCUUCAGACAGCUUCGGCUUCGUCAAAGUCAAUGUGGACGAAGCGCGAGAGAUCGCCGGACAGUACGGCAUCCAGGCCAUGCCAACUUUCUUGCUGUUCAAGGACGGCAAGCAAAUCCAAGAAAUCAAGGGCGCGGAUCCGAGGUCCCUGAAGGCGGCUAUUGAGGGCGCAAGUGCGCAGCUUAAGAGC